GUUGGGUUAUGUUUACAAACUCAAGACGCAGGACUGCCACCAAAAUGAUGUUGAAGAAUCGUAAUUAAAUCGAAAUACCAGGGUCAAUCAAAAAAGAGACAAUCGCCAUUUCUUAAAACCUGUCAAUGUCUAUGACUUUUAAUGUAUAACCAAGUUUAAUAUACACAUCACUUAUACAUUUCAAACUAAAAGCUUGAAUAUUUAGAAGGGUCCUGCCUAAAUCCCCGAACGGUAUGAUCGAAUCGCAAUGUAAGGAACUUCCGGAGGAAUCUUCAAGCUCGAAUUUAGUACAAGGGAAAGACAGAACCCCCGAACCAUCGUCUUCUUCAACCUCGACAGACGUCAGGGCCUUAGAGGACCAAAUAGAACAUCUGAAGGUGGUAGUGAACAACUUGAAGGAUGAUAUUGAGAAAAAAGAACUCGGUAUAGCUAAAUUGGCGAGGGAGAAGGAGAAAAUUUCUUUAGAUUUAAUGAAACAGAAACGUUCGAACACCAACAUAAUGAAACAGCUCGAAGAAGAACGUAAGUUUUAUUUUCAAGAGAAAGAGACGUACUGCAACGAAAUGAAAGAAAUCAAAGCGCUCAAGAAAAGUCUGAGCAGAUCUCAUACGUCGCUCAUCGAAAGACCCAGCCAAGAUCUGAAAAACGAGUUGGAAAACACGAAACUCAAACUGAAGCAAACGCUGGAAGCCAACUAUAAUCUAAGCAUCAAAUUUUUGAGAAUAAAAAACACCAAGGCGUUUCUGAGAAACGAAAUGAUCAAAAUGAAGAUUGAACACGAAAGAAUCUUUAACGAUCUUAGAUCGAAGAUAGAGACGAUGUCUUCCGAAGUAGAGGACAUUGUGGAUCAUAGAUCCCAUCUUUAUGUGUCUCCUAGCAACCGAAAAUACGUACAGCUCGUACGUCAAAACAGUUCUUUGGUUCACGAAAAUUUAUGCCUGCAAAUGGAGAUAGAUCGCCUGAAUUCUCAAUUCGACAAGAUGAAACUGAAAUACACGAAAAGCGAGACCAACAAUCGGCUGAAAUACAUACACUCCAUAAAGGCGGAAGCGCAAGCGAGGUGUAAGCAUGAGAAAAAGGAAAAAAAGAGAGUUCGCAUCACCACCGAAGAUAGAUCAGUCAUAAGCGACGAAAAACCGAACAAAAUGCUGAAAUCUAAUCUGAAGACAACCAAAUGCCAGUCCGAAAUUAUAAAGAUUUUCGAAAGAAGCGAGUCCGCGGACACUCCGACCAUACAGAUGGUGAACGAGGAGAACGCCAAGAAGCAACACCAUAAGAAGCACAAAAAGAGUUGCAAGAAAACCAAUUCCAAGACAAGAGUUGAACAUUCCAAGUCGGACGUAACUGUCGACGUCGAAAAUAAAAAGAACGAAACGCCUUCUCAUAAGCCUUGCGUCAUUAAAUUAGCCUCUAUUGCUGAAAUUGACGAGUCAGGAACUGCACCAAACAAAAAUGGUAGAUGAACAGCGCUAGAUUUUGGUAGAAUAGGUAGAUAACCCGUAAAUAAUGUAGAGUCAUUGUUUGUAAUCGAAAGGGCAUUUAGAUGUAAAAUAAGAGAUUAAAUUCUGAUAAUAAACGAACUGGAUAACAA